AUGACCACUGCCACCAGCUCCCCCACCGCCACGACCACCGCGACUUCCAAAAACGCCGCCACGACCGCCACAACCACCACGACCGCCGCCACCACCGCCGCGACUGCCGCCAGUACCGCCACGACUGCCGCCACGACCACCACGACCACCGCCAGGACCGCGACUGCCACCACUUCCGCAACUGCGAUCUACGCCCUGUCUGAUGUCACUUCCAUUUCCACCUCUCAAUUCACCAUUUGGGGAUUGAGUUUGGCAACUUGA